AUGUCCCCUCAAGUGACCAACGUCGGCUUCAUCGGCCUAUCCUCCCGACCCGAAUGGUCCUGGGCCGUCGCCGCUCACCUCACCUACUUCAUCAACUCCAAACACUACAACUUCGCAGCCCUCCAAAACAGCUCCAGAGAAACAGCCCAGAGAGCAACCCGCCUCCACAAUCUUCCGCAAGACACCAAAGCCUAUGGCGACAUCAACGCCCUCGUCUCCGACCCAGACAUCGACCUCGUAGCCGUAACCAUAAAAGUCCACCUCCACGCCGCCGCCGUCGAAGCCGCCAUCCGCGCCGGGGAAAGCGCCGUCUUCUGCGAGUGGCCCCUGGUGCGGAACAGCAUCGAGGCAGAGCGCCUGACGUCCCUGGCUAGAGAAAAGGGAGUCAGGACCUUGGUGGGGUUACAAGGGCGUCAGGACCCUGCUACCCUUAAAGCCAAGGAACUCGUGGAACGCGGGGCAUUGGGGGAUAUGCUGCAGACCACGAUGUUGUUCAUGAGCCCUUGGUUCGGGCCUGCGAUGCCCGAGGCGGCGGGGUACGGCGCCGAUAUCGAGAUUGGCGCUAAUCUAGUGUCCAUCUCGGCGGGCCACGCGCCGGACGCGAUGUUAUUUGUGUUGGGGGAGUUGAGGGGGGUUCAGGCUACGUUGGCGAAUAACCGGCCCCGGACGGUCGUCACUGACAGUGAGGGGAAGCCGAAAGGUGAGAUUGAGAAGACGGCGCAUGAUCACCUCUCUGUGGUGGGGAGGCUUCUCGGCGGAGGCGUGGGAGGCGUUUGCCGGGGGUUCUGGGGAGGCGCCGGAUUUUGA